AUGCUAGAAGAUUAUUUGCUAAAAAGUCAUGAAGAUGAGUUAGAACAGAUCUUAGACGCCAUUGAUGUUAAUGUUUUCUACUCCAUUCACGUGAACUUCGUAUCAUUAUUCGAAGCUGAUGCCGAUCUAGCACAGAAAAUACUACGAUAUCCUAGGUAUUAUUUGCCGCUAUGCGAUGAAGGUGCCAUAAAAGCUCAGGAACAAAUAACAAAACCAGAGCAAAUUGUAAAAAAAAAAGUUCGUAUCAGAGUUACUGCUGUGCCAGUCACGGUGGACCAAGGCCAAAUAGGUCAACUAGUGUCAACAAGUGGUAUAGCAGUGAGAAUAUCACAACCUACAGUAUUAAAGCUUGUUCAACGAUAUAGUUGCAAAAAAUGCAAUCAUAUCACUGUUGCAAAAUAUAAAUGGGAAACACAAGCAUUUACAGAUACUACAGAAUGUGAAAUAUGUCAUGCAACAAACAUUAAAGCCAUCACAGCUUUUGAUCUAGAGGACUCUUCAGAUUGCCAAGAAAUAAGACUACAAGAGAAAUAUAGAAUAGACACCAACAGGUCUCUUGCUGAAGAACUACACAUUAUCUUGUUAGAUGAUUUAGUUGAUAAAUGUAGACCUGGAGAUAAUGUUGAAAUCAGUGGUGUGGUUGUGCGAGUGUGGGGUCCGUUAGAAGUCGGUGAACGUUUAGAGGCAACGACCAUGAUGAUAGCAAACAGCGUCUCUGUACGACGUAAGAUAUCUGAAACGUCUUCCACCCAAGAGAUAAGGGACGUGUUCAAGAGUUAUUGGGAUCAAUACAGCGACAAUCCUUUACUGGGCAGAGACAAUAUUCUGGCCUCGAUUUGCCCGCAACUAUACGGGAUGUACACAGCAAAAUUAGCGUUGGCCAUCGUUUUAGCCGGCGGUGUUCCAAAACAUAACGAAAGUGGAACACGCGUGCGAGGCGAACCCCAUCUUCUCUUAAUCGGCGACCCCGGGACCGGAAAGUCUCAGUUGCUUCGUGCAGCGUCUCGCUUAGCUGUAAGAUCGGUCCUUACAACUGGUAUCGGAUCAACUGCGGCUGGACUUACAGCAACUGCUGUCAGAGACUCAGAAGGCUGGCAUUUGGAAGCUGGAGCGUUGGUGUUAGCCGACGGCGGAAUCUGUUGCGUGGACGAGUUCACGACAAUGAGUUCGCAAGACAGAACCUCUGUGCACGAGGCCAUGGAACAGCAAACGAUAUCAAUCGCCAAAGCUGGGUUGGUUAGUACGUUAAAUUCCAGGUGUUCAGUGAUCGCAGCGAUCAAUCCAAAUGGCGGACAGUUCAACGACGAACAAGAGUGGGAAACGAAUCUCGGGGAUGCCCUGUUGUCAAGGUUCGACUUGAUUCUCCUUUUGAAGGACAGUAGGAAUCCAGUAUGGGACAAACUGACGUCAGAUCAUAUUCUGAGAGCCGCCUACGAGAAGAAAGAAAGCACGGCGCGAACAGAUCUAAAGAAUCACAUCGAGUUGUUAAAGUCAGAAGGAGUAUGGAAAGAAGAGUCCUUGCGAGAGUAUUUGGCUCAUAUUCACUCGUUGCAGCCGGAAUUAACGAAGGAAGCUGAAUUAGUACUUAGGGCGACUUAUCUUUAUCAUAGAUCCCAUCCUGGGAGACGAGAAGAAAGAACGACAGUACGUCUGUUGGACAGUCUUAUCAGAUUAGCCGAGGGUCACGCUAAACUGAUGUUCAAGUCGAAAAUUGAACUUAUGGACGCCAUAUUUGUGAUUAAGCUAAUUGGUACUGGAAGCCCGUCUGAGGUUGAUCCCGGCUGUUCGUUUCCGACUGAUCCAAUGGCAGUAUAUAAAUCUGAAGGUAAAAUGUUAUUGAGUACUAUUGGCCUGGAACAGUUAGAACAUUUACUGUGAGAGCUACGGUUUCUACGAAGUUCAUAUGAGAUUCUCGAUCGAUCAAUUGUUAACAGAAGAGAUUGAGUUCGUUAUGAUUAAACUAAGUAUUUUAUUUGUCACUUUUUGUUUCUU